AUUUAUCUCUAAUAAUUAAAAUUUAAUUAAAUUUUUGUCAAUGAAUAAUAUAAAACUACAGCUUCGUCCCUAACUUUUUGUAUUAUAGAAUACAUUGAUUUCUAAAAAUUAUAUGCAAAAAUAGUAGAAGGAAUAGAAGUGCUACCUCAAAAAGAAUGCAUAGUGAAGUGCAUAUUAUGGUACCCCUUGGAUAUGUACAAGUGAUUGACCCUAUAUUAACUCACUCAACACUUAUAUAUAAUUAUUUAUUCAUUACAUAUGUCGCCAAUGACUAUCAAAUUAUGCAAUCAGUGUUUAUAUCUCAAUUUGAAUAAAGUUUUAUUUAAAUUUAAAAUUCACUCCUAAUAAAAGACAAUUAUCAAUUUACAUCAUAUGGAGAAGAAGUUUCUUUUUUUUAAAGGUAUGAAAACGGACAAUCUCUUAUCAGUUUAUGCACCCAAAAAAGUCUAUUAUUUUUUCUCUUAUAUUAUUUUUUUUUUUUUUAAUUUUUUUUUUGUCUAGUUUAUAUUAUUUUGAUGAACUGUUCUUGAAAAUUGAUACACAACUGAACAAGUGAAAAAGAAUGGAUAAGUAGCAAUUUAUAUCCGCCUUUUCCUUUUUUUUAGAUCCUGUUUAUGAUUUUCUUGUCAGAGUAGUUUAAUAUGCACAAAAAGUGAAAUGAAUACCAGUAAUUAUUAGCCAUUGGAAACUGCAUUUCUCCUAAAAAUAACAUUUUAUGAAAAGAACCCAUCAUGAAUCCUUUCCUUUGCAUCCUGGACAAAACAACCUCAGACCUUAAAAUCAACAACCUUAUUCUCUGUUAACCCCAUUAAGCCUCUGUUACUCCAUCCAUCUCUCUCUAAGGCUCUUAACACAGGAUUAACUGUUUGUUUAUGAGUUGAUAUAUACUUCUUGUUUUGUUUUCAUUUUAUUGUCUAUGAUUUGCAUUGGUUUGGUUUAUGGCAACAAGGAAUGCAAUGGAAUCAUGCAUCAUUUCAACAACAGAUGGGGAAUGUCUCCAAGCAAGAAUCUUUAAACCACCCCAAGAAACCAUCCAAAAUGGCACUGCAAUUGUAUUGGUGCAUCCAUAUUCAAAGCUUGGUGGCUGUCAAGGCCUUAUGCAAGGAAUUGCAUUGAGACUAUCCAUCAAAGGCUACACUUCCAUAACCUUUGAUAUGAGAGGUGUUGGAAGGUCUACAGGCAGGUGUUCACUGACUGGCUUCGCUGAAAUUGAGGAUGUGGUUUCAGUUUGCAAAUGGGUAUCACAGAACUUGCCUGCUAAUAAGAUUUUGUUGGUGGGUUCUUCUGCAGGAGCUCCAAUCUCUGGUUCUGCUGUUGACAAGGUAGAGGAAGUCAUUGGAUAUGCGAGUAUUGGUUACCCUUUUGGAUUGGCUGCCUCUUUUCUUUUUGGGAGGCACCACAGGGCGAUUUUACGGUCUCGCAAACCAAAACUUUUCAUUAUGGGCACCAACGAUGAGUUCACGAGCGUAGAACAGUUAGAGAAGAAGCUAACGUCUGCUGUUGGACGUGUUCAGGCACAUCUAAUUCUUGGAGUUAGCCACUUUGAAAUGGAGGGACCUGCUUAUGAUGCUAGGAUAGCUGACCUAUUUGCAGAUUUCGCUGCAUCAUUGAAGGAUGAGCAGCCUGCUUAGCAAGCAUAUGUUUGUCACUGAAUACAUCUAUCACCUUAGAAAAGCCUAACAUCUGAUCUUAGCCUGCAACCUCAGCAAUUACACAAACUAGCUGAGUUUAGUGUAGUAGUGAACAAAUCUCUUUAACAAUUUCUAAGGAAUCAACCAAACUUGGUGCAACUUUUUGCAUCAGCAGUGCUCAGAAUGUAAGUGGAAAGAUUAAUGCCACUGCCACUGAGAUAUGCUCCAUGUUUUUAUUAACUUUAGGUGGACAUUUAUUAACAAAGACUGUUUCUUCUA